AUGGUACUUAUCCCACCUCAGCACCAAGGCUCUGAAUCGGACAACUCCAACAGCUUUACCGGAUCCGGACCGUCACCAGCUCUGGCAAGCCCCUUGUCGCAAUCUGACGCCGCUCCGAGUACGGUUCAGCAGACGAACACCUCCAUCCCCGGGGUUAUGGCGCCCACACCGGACAGCCUCCCAGGCGGUUCGACAUACGCCAACGUAGCCUCCCUUGAAUAUCGGGUCAGACAGCUUGAGCAGGAACUGGCAAGGCCCCGUGAGCGAAGUGCUCAUAACCACGACCGCGGCCCUCAGUGCGAGGAUGAACUUUGCGAUAGAGUCGAUCGCCAGGACAAGGCCGUGAUCAGCAAAAUUCAAUAUCUGGGGCGAAGUCACUGGUUUAAUGUUGCACACCUUAUGCCCGUUCUCAUAGACUUUCUCAAAGAAGUAGAGACAGACAGGGGCGAUCUCUUUCGCCAGCUUCAGAAGUGCAAGUCUUUGGCAAGAAAGGUCAAGGCCUGCCGGGUCCCAGACUCUGCCACCACUGUCUCUAUUGGGAAGCAGAUGCCCACGAGACAACUAGCAGAUCAGCUCAUAGAAGCCUACUUGAGGAUCUUUGAGACUGUGUACCGCACCAUCCACGUUCCUACGUUCCGCGCCGAGUACGAAAGGUACUGGGCAGACCCCCAGGCAGCUGACGACUCCUUCGUCAUUCUUCUGCAGCUGUGUAUGGCUAUCGGCGCUGCCUUUCAAGACGAUACUCUUGCUGUCAACUCGGAGCUCAGCACUUCUCUGCAAGAAAUGAUGCGACAGCUGUGCAAGUUCCACGAGACGGGCGGAAUCACAUCGUUUCAGCUGAGAUACUCAGAGGUCACCAUGUACCGCUUCUUCUUGACGCUCCACCAGCCCAUCCUCCCCAAGCACUGCAGAAUCCCUUCUAUUAUUUUUCUCGCCACCCCCUCGGACUGGGACUUUUUCCGCCUUUUCCUAUGCGGAAGCGGCCCAUACCGAACCAUCCAGGCACAGCUAAUUCUGACCCUAGCCGUGGAUCUCGCUCAGACCCUAGGGGAAGAGCCCCGAUCGCACUACGGCACCCUUACAUCAGGUAUGACCGAGGUGCGCUCGAUCCUCCAGUCGUGGCACGAGCUGUGCCGGGAACGUCUCAGAGCUGGCGACACAAAUGUCAAGGCGUUAGUAAGCACCGCCUGCAUGCUUGCUCAUAUUGAUGGGGUCGAAGCUCGCUGGUCCAAGCCGGAGAGUGACAAGAUGCUCCACGAGACCGCCAAAAAGGGGGCAGCAGAACGCAUCAAGUUACUGCAGGAUAUGGUUGGAGAGAACAACGACACGAGCGAGGCAGGCCCGCCGUUGGAUAAUACUUGGCAGGCUCUGGAUCUCGACGAUAUUGGAGAUUUUGAUUUUCUAGGGGGCUGGGACUGGGAUGAUGCCGCUGUCGCACGUGGUUUCUAUUUGGAUUUCAACUUUACUGCUACUGGCCUUGGUAACAUUUCGGGCUAG